GGAUCAAAGUAAAAGUGAAAGUUUGUUUGAAAGGGGUUUUUUGGUGAGGAGAAAAAAAGAAUCUGUUUGUGGAAUAAAAUCACAGAUCCAGUUAUGUUUAUAAUAUAAAACAUUUGACUUUUUGUUAUAAUGUCUCGGGAGUGUGAGAAACUCCAGACCUCUGAAAUGAGUCUACAAGAGGAGAAGCACAAGAGUGGUGCUGAGAAAAGGCCAGACUUCCCUGUGUCCAGCUGUGUGUCUCUCAAGAGUGACCAUUCAAUGGAAAUCCCUAACAACUUUACAGGUGGAACAUCCUCUAUGGAAAGUGUAUCUGACAAAAGGCCAGACUCCCCUGUGUCCAGCUGUGUGUCUCUCAAGAGUGAGAAAUCAAUGGGAAUCCCUCUCAACUUUACAGGUGGAACAUCCUCUAUGGAAAGUGGAUCUGAGAAAAGGCCAGACCCUCCUGUGCCCAGCUAUGCGUCUCUCAAACGGCACAAAUCAAUGUCAGUCCCUCCCAACUUUACAGGUGGAACAUCCUCUAAGGAAAGAGACGACCCUGAGAAAGCAUUUGUAGGAAGUCUCACAUUAGAUAAGAAGAUUAAAGACUUCCUUCACAACAUCUUUACAGAUCUGGAGAAUAAAAUGAUUGUAUUUAUAAAACAUGAGCUGGAGAUGUUUAAGAAACUCCUAAAAAAACAAAAUACAAAAUAUUAUAAAGAUGUGAGGGAUGAUCUGUGGAGUGUUAAAGAAGCAGCUCUUGAUAUGGCAUUGUACUUUCUGAAGUUGAUGGAACACAAUGACCUCGCUGAUGCACUCCAAGAUGCACUAAUAGAAGUUCAGCAGCGUGCACUCAAAUCAAACCUGCAUAAGAAAUACAAUCAUGUGUGUGAAGGAAUUGCAAAGCAAGGAGAGUCCAACAUUCUCAACAAGAUCUACACAGAUCUGUACAUCACUGAAGGUGGAGUUCAACAAAUGAAUGAACAACAUGAAGUGAGACAAAUUGAAAAGCAAAAAACUAGUGUUAAAGUUGAAGAAACCCAAAUGGAGCAAGAGGAACAAAUUGAAUGCAAGAACAUGUUCACACCAUCACCUGGAGAAGAAAAACCCAUCAGAACUGUGGUGACACAGGGGAUCGCUGGUAUCGGAAAAUCCAUCUGUGUGCAGAAGUUUGUUCUAGACUGGGCUGAAGGGAAAGAAUAUCAGGACAUCAAGUUCAUAUUUCCACUUCCUUUCAGAGAACUGAACCUGAAAGAAAAGGAAAAAUGCAGCUUGAGGGACGUCAUCUAUCAAUUUUUCCCUUCAACAAAAGGAAUGAGAUUAACAGAUAAGUAUAAAGUCAUGUUCAUCUUUGAUGGCCUGGAUGAGUGUCGACUUCUUCUAACAUUCCAUAAAAACCAGAAAUUGACUGAUGUAACAGAAAAAGCCUCACUGGACACUAUAAUGACAAACCUCAUUGAAGGAAAUCUGCUUCCAUCUGCUCUCAUCUGGAUAACCACUCGACCAGCAGCAGCUGCUAAGAUCCCUGCUGAACAUGUGGACCGGGUCACAGAGGUGCGUGGCUUCAAUGAUGUACAAAAGGUGGAGUACUUCAGGAAGAAAAUCAGUGAUGAGAGUCUGGCCAACAGAAUCACUGGUCAUAUUAAAGGAUCAAGAAGCCUCUUCAUCAUGUGUCAUAUUCCAGUCUUCUGCUGGAUUUCAGCCACUGUACUUGAGAGGAUUUUGGGAAGAUCAGACAGUGAAGACAUUCCACAGACUCUGACGGAGAUGUACACAUGUUUUCUGAUCUUUCAGACCGUACAGGGGGACAAGAAAUACAAUAGAAAUAAUGCCUCAGACACUCCAUGGGAUAAAGAGGGAAUUCUUUCAUUGGGAAAGCUUGCCUUUAGUCACCUAGAAAAAAACAACCUGAUUUUCUAUGCAGAAGAUCUAAAAGCCUGUGGAAUUGACCCCAGUAACCUAGCAGUGUACUCAGGAGUGUGCACUCAGGAGACUGGCAGAUUUCUAGGCACAGUUUUCAGCUUUGUGCAUCUCAGCAUUCAGGAGUUCAUUGCUGCUUUGUUUACAUAUGUAUGUGUCCGAAAUGAAAACAAGAAUGUUUUUGAUCAAUCAGAAGAGAGAAAAGAAACACAACUUAUUGAUUUACUAAAGGUUACAGUGGACAAAGCCUUACAGAGUGACAAUGGACACUUGGAUCUUUUCCUCCGCUUCCUUCUGGGUCUCUCAGUGGAGUCUAAUCAGAAGCUCAUUCGAGGUCUACUGACACACACAGGAAGCAGCUCUGACUGCAGAAAGGACAUAGUUAAAUACAUCAAGUUCAAGUUUGAUCAAAAUCCAUCUCCAGAGAGAUCAAUCAAUCUGUUCUACUGUCUGAACGAGUUAAAUGAUGAUUCACUGGUGAAAGAGAUCCAAAGCUACAUGAACUCAGGUCGUCUCUCUGAAGCUGAACUCUCACCUGCUCAGUGGUCUGCUCUGGUCUUUGUGUUGCUGACCUCAGAGGAGGAUCUGGAAGUGUUUGACCUACAGAAGUUUAUAAGAUCAGAUGAAUGCUUUAAGAGACUGUUACCAGUCGUCCAGGAAGCUACAACAGUUCUUCUCAGUGAGUGUAACCUGACAGAGAGAAGCUGCUGGGCUUUACACACAGUUCUCAGCUCAGAAUCCUCCAAGCUGACUGAGGUGGAUCUGAGCAGUAAUCCUCUGGAGGACUCAGGAGUGAAGCUGCUUUGUGCUGGACUGAAGAGUCCAAACUGUAAACUGGAGAAACUCAGGGUAAAUAACAGCAGGAUGACAAAUGAAGGUUGUGCUGCUCUGGGAUCAGCUCUGGGUUUAAACCCCUCACACCUGAGAGAACUGGAGCUGAGUGGGAAUAAACUGGGAGGAUCAGGAAUGAAGGAGCUCUGUGGUGUGCUGAAGAAUCAACAAUUCAAACUGCUGAAACUGGGGUUGUGUAAGUGCAGUCUCUCUGAAGAUGACUGUACUGCUGUUGUAUCAGCUCUGAGAACAAACCCCUCACACCUCAAGGAGCUGGACCUGAGUCACAAUACAAUUGGAGACACAGGAAUGAAGCAGAUCUCUGAUCUACUGCAGAACUCAAACUGCACUCUGGAGACACUGAGACUAAAUAACUGUAGUCUCACACAAACACAAUGUGGUGAUCUGGCUAAAGCUCUGGAAUCAAACUCCUCAUCAUCUCUGAUAGAGCUGGAGCUCAGAGGAAACUACAGGAUGUCAGACUGGAACAUUUUUAGAUAUUUUCUAGAGAAUUCAGACUCUAGAUUGAUUGUGAGAAUUUUGAGUCCUGAAGCAGAAGAGGCCUGUGAUUAUCUGACUAAAGUUCUGGGUACAAACCCCUUACUGCAGAGAGAACUGGAUCUGAGUGGGAAAAUAUCUGGAGACUCAGGAGUGAAGCAGCUCUCUGUUCUACUGAAGGAUCCACAGUGUAGAACUGAGAAACUCAGGCUGAAUAAGAGCAGUAUUACACACAGAGGCUGUACUGAUCUGAUAUCAGCUCUUACUUCAAACCCUUCACACCUGACAGAACUGGACCUGAGUGAGAACACACUGGGAAAUUCAGGAGGGAUUCAGAUCUCUACUCUACUAAAGAAUUCAUCCUGUAGACUCCAGAAGCUUCUACUUUCAGACUGUAAUAUAACAGAGGAAGGAUACACUGCUCUGAUUAAAGCUCUGAAGUCGAACCACUCAUCACUCCUGACAGAGCUGGACCUCAGAGGGAACGACCCUGGAGCAUCUGGACUGAAGGAGUUUAGGAAUCUGAUGAAUGAUAAAAAAUGUAAACUGAAGACACUGAGGGUGUUGAAAAGUCCUGAUGCACAGAAAGCUUCUAAAGACUAAUUGUAAACUAAAGACACUGAAGUGAGUUAGAUACAAUACAUGGUCAAAGGUUUGUGGACCCCUGAUCAUCACACCCAUAGGUGUUUCUUCCCUAAACUGUUACCGUGAAGUCAGAAGCACACAGCUGAUUUUGUACACCGUAACAUUCAAUUUCCCUUCACUGGAACUAAGAGUCCAAACCCUGUUCCAGCAUGACAAUGUCCCUGUGCACAAAGCAGCUCCAUGGAGACUUGGUGUUCAUGUUUGAGUAGAAGAACUUGUGUCCUGUACAGAGCCCUGACCUCAACUCCACUGAACACUGACUGCACCCCAGACCUCCUCACCCAACAUCAAUGUCUGAUCUCACUAAUGCUCUUGUAGCUGAAAGAACACAAAUCCACACAGCCACAAUCUUACAACCAGUACAGGGGUCGGCAACCCACAGCUCUUUCAUCCGUCUGGA